AUGUUUAGUGAAAUUGGAUAUAUAGUAUUUUUGCUGCUCGCCCUGCCGUAUAUAGAAAGUGCGUCGCGCCGCCUGAACGAGUACGUGGAGCACUACGAGCCGCUGCAGUACGAUUCGCUAGCAGUCCACGCGCAGCACUCCCGCACCCGCCGCUCGACCGAAGCGCCCGAGCUGCGCAUCGCCUUCCACGCGCACGGGCGCCGCUUCCACCUGCGCCUGCGGAGGGACCUCUCCGCCUUCAGCAGGGACUACAAGGUCGAAGGUUCCAACGGUGAAAUCCACGAUGUGGACACAUCGCACAUAUAUCGAGGCGACCUGGUCGACGACCCAAAUGCCACAGUGUUUGGUUCGGUGACGGAAGGCGUUUUCGAGGGGAAGAUGAUCACCAGCGAUGGCACCUUCUACGUGGAGCACGCGAGGAGAUACUUCCCGCCAAAUGGGACUCGAACCCGAGUCCACUCGGUGAUAUACCGCGAGGGGGACGUCAGCGAUCCAUACUCCCACCGCCGUCAUGGCCACGUGGGCGGCUGUGGCAUCACCGACGAGGUGGUCCAAUGGAUGGACCGCAUACAGAACUCCGGGGUCGAUGACGACCCGCCGACGUCGCCUGCGCCCUCACCGCCGCCCCACCCGCCCCCGCACCCCAACAGCCUGAGGGAUGAGCCCCCAAGCUACUGGGAGCACCAUCACAACAAAUACUCGCGGGCCGCGAACACGGGCGAGCACACGAGGACGCGCCGCGCCGCACAGAACAACAACAACACGUGUUCGCUCUUCAUAGAGACGGAUCCGCUAUUGUGGCGUCACGUCAGGGAGGGCUUCCCGGAUCAUCGGGAUCCGAGUAAGAAGAGCGAGGUGGACAUGAAAACUCGAGAAGAAAUCCUAUCGCUGAUAUCUCAUCACGUGGAGGCUGUUAAUUACAUUUACCGAGACACGAAAUUCGACGGUCGUUUCGAGCAUAGAAAUAUUAAGUUUGAAGUUCAACGGAUAAAGAUCGACGACGACUCGAUGUGCAACCCGCACCACUUCGCCACCGAGACGAACCAGUUCUGUUUGGAGAACAUCGACGUAUCAAAUUUCCUGAAUCUACACUCGCUAGGCAACCACGAGGACUUUUGCCUGGCAUACGUCUUCACUUACCGCGACUUCACAGGGGGCACGCUCGGCCUAGCGUGGGUGGCGAGCGCGACCGGCGCGUCUGGCGGCAUCUGCGAGAAGUACAAGACGUACACGGAGACCAACGGCGGCAUGUACCAGAGCACGAAGCGCUCGCUCAACACCGGCAUCAUCACGUUCGUCAACUACAACAGCCGCGUGCCGCCUAAAGUGAGCCAGCUGACGCUCGCGCACGAGAUCGGCCACAACUUCGGCUCGCCGCACGACUACCCGUCCGAGUGCCGUCCGGGGGGCCAGCAGGGCAACUACAUAAUGUUCGCGUCGGCCACGUCGGGCGACCGGCCGAACAACGGCCGCUUCAGCGCCUGCUCGAUCGGCAACAUCAGCGCCGUGCUCGACGCCGUGGUGCGCGACGACCGCAAGCGGAAGUGCCUCACCGCCAGCGAGGGCGCCUUCUGCGGCAACAAGAUCGUGGAGGCGGGGGAAGAGUGCGACUGCGGUUACGACGAGAACGAAUGCAAAGACCAAUGCUGCUACCCGCGUCAGUUGAGCUCAUACGACAGGGAACGGAACAGCACUGCAAAGAGUUGCACAAGGAGAGCGAACACACAGUGCAGCCCGUCGCAGGGCCCGUGCUGCCACUCGGCCACGUGCCAGUUCGUGAGCGCGGCGCGCAACCAGACGUGCCGCGAGGCGACCGAGUGCAGCCACGCCUCCUUCUGCUCGGGCCGCUCCGCCGAGUGCCCCACGCCGCGCGCCAUGGCCAACCACACCAAGUGCAACAACGACACGCAGCUGUGCAUCAACGGCGAGUGCCGCGGCUCGAUCUGCCUCGCGUGGAACAUGACCGAGUGCUUCCUCUCGUCGAGCCCGUCGGCGGCCGGCGACGGCGUCACGGCGGUGGUGGACCGGCGCGCGCUCUGCCAGCUCGCGUGCCAGACGGGCGCGGCGCCGUCGAGCUGCCGCAGCACGGCCACCUUCGCGGCGCGCGUCGGCCUGCCCGAGGGCGGCAUCAGCCUGCGGCCCGGCUCGCCCUGCGACAACUUCCAGGGCUACUGCGACGUGUUCCUGAAGUGCCGCGCGGUGGACGCGGAGGGUCCCCUGGCGCGCCUGAAGAACCUGAUCCUGAACCGCGCCACGCUGCAGAGCGUGCAGGCCUGGGUCACGGAGCGCUGGUGGCUGGUGCUGCUCGGCGGCGUGGCGCUGGUCGUGUGCAUGGGCGCCUUCGUCAAGUGCUGCGCCGUGCACACGCCCUCCUCCAACCCCAAGCGACCGCCUGCAAGGCGGCUCUCCGAGACGCUGCGGCGGCCCAUGAACACGCUGCGGCGGAUGCGGGCGCCGGGCGAGGCGAGGCGGGAGGCGAGGGCGCCCCCGCGCCCGGGCCACCGGCGCGCGCGAACGCACAAGGGCUACGCGCCGCCGGUCGCCUACGCGCCGCGCGACCUCGCAUCUGCACCACCCGGACCGAGUGGGCGAAGAAAUGACCCUUAUGCGAACGCAUAUCCGCAGUCCUAUGAAAUGAGACCUCCACAGAAGUACGAGCAGUGCUCGGCCGUCGGGGCUGGCGGUGCGGGCGGGGUGGGCGGGGCCGGGGGUCAACUUGAGCUGGUCGCCCUGGCGCCGGGCGUGCCGCUGCUGCUCGGCUACGUGUACCGGCCGCCCGACCAGAAGGUCACCGUCGCCUCGCAGACCACCAUCACGCUGCACUCGCCCGACUCCCUGACGGUCACCAGCCAGCAACGGCCGCAGGCGGAAAUA